GGUGCCUCUUAAGAGGUCCUCUCUGCGCUGCCCCACACCACCAUCCCUUCCUUUCCUUCAGCCUGGUUGAUAUGUCGAACGUAUUCUUUGACAUCACCGUCGAUGGCAGGCCGCUCGGCCGCAUCGUCUUCAAGCUCUACGACGACGUGGUCCCCAAGACUGCGAAGAACUUCCGCGAUCUCGCGACGGGCGCGCACGGCUUCGGCUACAAGGGCUCGUCCUUCCACCGCAUCAUCCCCAACUUCAUGCUCCAGGGUGGCGACUUCACCCGCGGUAAUGGCACCGGUGGCAAGUCCAUCUACGGCGAGAAGUUCGAGGACGAGAACUUCAAGCUCAAGCACUCGAAGCCCGGCCUUCUCUCGAUGGCGAACGCCGGCAAGAACACGAACGGCUCGCAGUUCUUCGUUACCACGGUCGUGACGUCGUGGCUCGAUGGCGCCCACGUCGUCUUCGGCGAGGUCACCGAGGGCUACGAACUUGUCAAGCAGAUCGAGGGGCUCGGCUCCGCCUCUGGCACGCCCAAGGCGAAGAUCACCAUCGCCGACAGCGGUGCCCUCUAAGCGCGCUUGUCGAUGGCGAAGAUGUGGGGCGAAGAAGGGAACAGAAGAUAACAUAUUGUGUAUAUCAUUGAGGGCGGAGUGCUCGUGCCACGCCCCUGUGUUUCAAUAGAACACUGUUCGAGGAGUUUCACGAAUGUUUGAGACGAAGGCAACGAACCUUAU